UGGUAGUUUCAUUCAAAGUUUACCUCUCGCGCUGAAAGGUCUGCGUUUUUGUUUACCUUAUCGCGGUGUUUGUUCGGGCUAAACACACAAAAAAUACUAGCAAAAAGAGCACUGUUUCUUCAGAAAAGAAAAUCCGUCGAUUGAUAUUCGCUGUUUUUCAUUCGUGAAUUUUUUUCCUUUAGUAACGCAAAACGGAGCAUUUUGUUUGAAGUUUGUUUUUGUGUUUGGUCAAAAUUUGAUGAAAAUAGAGGAGUUCGUUGUUGCAGUUGUCGGUGCUGGAGGUGAAAAAAGAAGAGAUUUGCGUGUUUUUUCGAGUUCCCCGAUAUACACAGCGAACACACUGCGGGCGAAGAAAGGAAUAUGUAAAUUUAAUCAAUUUGCACAAAGCCACAAGUGCACGUAUUGUAUGGAAGAGUUCGUUUUUAUUGAUCGAAAGUAAGCCGGAGUCCGGAUUUGAGUGCUGUUUUGUGACGUUGCUGCUGCCGCUGAUUGAAUCGUUUCCGAGAUUCGUCACUAUUAUUUGGUAAAUUAUCAAACGUACCGAAUGGGGCGAAUCAUACAUUAAACCCAUUAGAAAGAUUCUCUGUAGUGCCGUUAAUCAUCACGAUCCGCAAGACAUAGCAUCCAGACUAGUUUGGGGCAGCCACAGAACAGGCCGAGCCUAAUGGAAGUAUGGACAACGAGCAGCCGCACCAGGAGUUGGUAAAAUGUGUCCUCGUGGGUGACACCGCUGUCGGCAAAACACGGCUGAUCUGUGCACGGGCCUGCAAUAAACAUGUAUCACUUUCCCAGUUACUUAACACGCAUGUGCCAACCGUGUGGGCCAUUGACCAAUAUCGGAUAUAUAAGGAUGUACUGGAGCGAUCAUGGGAAAUCGUAGACGGUGUCAACGUCUCCCUAAGGCUGUGGGACACUUUCGGUGACCACGAGAAGGACCGGCGAUUCGCUUAUGGAAGAUCCGAUGUAGUGCUGUUAUGCUUCUCAAUAGCGAAUCCAGCAUCGCUACGACACUGCCGAGCAAUGUGGUACCCGGAGAUACGUAAAUUUUGUCCAGAUACGCCAGUAAUUCUCGUUGGUUGUAAGAACGAUCUGCGGUAUAUGUACCGCGAUGAGACAUACUUAUCCUACUUCGGAGAUCGGAGUCCGUUUGUUCGAGCGGCACGUAAGAGUGAUCUGGUGAUGCCGGAUGAAGCUCGUGCCGUGGCGAAAGAACUCGGCGUUGCAUACUACGAAACAAGUGUAUUUACGUAUUUCGGCGUAAAUGAAGUGUUCGAGAAUGCUAUCCGUGCCGCUCUGAUCGCUCGCCGCGAGCAUCGGUUUUGGAUGACUAACCUGAAGCGGGUUCAGCGACCGCUGUUACAAGCCCCGUUUCGACCGCCCAAACCUCCGCCACCAGAAGUGACGGUUAUAACCGGCACUCACACUAAAGAUAUGCUAAACAUGUUCAAUUCACAGUGCUACACAGAUUUAGUAUUAAUUGUCGGUACUAUACGUUUUUCCGUACAUAGAUUUAUGUUAGCUAGUAGUUCUAAUGCAUUUCAUAGGUUACUAACGAUGGACAUCACCGACAUGGGUGCCCGCAGCAGUAGUGAGUCCAGCAUGGUUAGCUCGACCUUUGGCGAGUCGACGACGGCCGAUUUUAACGAGGAUACCGAGUGUCUCAUUCGAGCCGACCAGAACAACAGGGGCCCAAACAGAAUGUGGGAGCAGCUGAAACGGCGGUCCAGCUACCAAGCGUUGCCGACUGUAGAACCGAAGAAGGAUCUCUAUCGUGAGUUGCACCAUCCGGUGUUUCAAAGUAUUAGGAUAUUUCAGAUCGAGAAUGGAAAACACAACUACACACAAACGCAAACCAUUGUCGCAGUGAGUAAGCUAAUUACUCCGCAGGCGAUGCAGCAGUGUCUGAAGUUCAUAUACACCGGAGCGAUCGAUCGGGAGUGUCUCGAUUUGCAAACGGCUUCAAUAGGAUUAAUACUGGAAAUUCGACAAGCCGCUGAGUUUUUGGAACUUCCCCAAUUGAUGGUACUCCUAUCAAAUACUCAAGCAAACCAGAGCUUCAUCAACGACGAAUCGAUUCAGCACUAUUCUACGUGCAUGAAGCAAAAUCUGGAGAAAUACUGUGUUCAAAAUGGCAUAUUCGGCGAUAUUACCUUCGAACUUGACGAUGGGCAUAUGAAGGCGCAUCGAGCGAUGCUGGUGGCACGGUGUGAUGUCAUGAAAGCCAUGCUGAAUGGUGACUUCCGCGAAGCGCAUGCCAAUUUGAUUGUACUUCCAGGUGUAACAGAAUACACAUUCCACAAGCUACUGUGUUAUCUUUACACGGACGAGAUUCCGCCCAUCUCGGCGGACAAAUGUUUGAAUCUGCUGGAACUGGCCAACCGUCUAUGUUUACCACGGUUACUGAAUUUAGUCGAGUGUCGGGUGAUCGAGGAUCUCACCAGAAUGUCUCAGAAUGAAACCAGUGAGGCAGUUGAGCACUGCUUAAGGCUAUUGGAAUCAGUGAAGCUGCAUAAUGCGCACCAGUUGGCCGAGUGGUGCAUGUCGUAUCUGUGUGUGAAUUACAACAGCAUCUGUAAGUUGUCACCACGGAGUCUCAAGAGUCUACAUCCAGACAACCAGGACUAUUUACGAGAGCAUCGGUGGCCUCCGGUGUGGUAUUUGAAAGACUACGACUACUAUCAACGGUGUAUGAACGAGCUCAAUCGAGAACUGAACAAUGGAAAGAAAGACUGUACGGCAGAUGACAAGGGCUGUCUAUGCUUUUCCGGAGUGUUUUUCUGGCUACUAGGGAAAUCAAAACGGUCGGCAGCGGCAGCCAAGUCAACGCUGCAAACCGCAAUCACCGCCAGCUCCGAGCACCAGGACGUGGUCAGUACCAGCCUGUUCCAGUCGAAUGCCAACUCAGUGAACCAGCUCGAUCCGGAGCACGAUGGCGCGGAUCUCUGACAUUUGGCUGACGGACCGUGGAGAUCGCUUCGCUUCAUCGUAAUUCUGCCAGUGUUGAUCUGCUUCAUCUGCACCAUCCUGAGCAUCCUGAUCAUAUUUCAAAUCUACACCUAAUAUUUGCUGCAACGGUAGCCACGGUAAGAUGGCUAUUGGAACUCUUCGACAACCGCCUGAACGGAAUCGAAGUAAAACAGAACUGGGCUAAGGACAUUCGAUAUUUUGAUAAAGCAAUUAACACUCGCAAACACACUACGCAUUUUAACUCCUCCAAAGCAGAUCGUCAAACUCUCUAUCUUUCUUUCACACGAACACACAAACCAACGUUGUUUGGUUGGUAAAUCCGGCCAAUAGUAUGCUGAAACGCGCGAUCGUGUUUUUCCAAGGCAGUUAAGUAAACGCAAAUAGAAAACGUUAUCGUACGCAACGUUUCCGAAAGAUAAUAUAUUUGUGAAAAAAAACCGCAACCAAACCAGCCAGAUUAUUACUCUAGUGGAUAGUAGCGAAUCGCCGAUUAGCUUGUAAGACGACAGAAAAAAGAAAUAAAUGUCUUUGUCGUUAAAUGUGUGUGAAAGCUAAAAAAUUAAUUCAAGAGAAUACAGAUACAAGCAAGACGAAACGGACAAAGAGUAAACAUUUUCUCCAGGGUCUUUUAACACAACAGUAGUAAAAAUAACUGAAUAUGUACAUCUAGAAGAUGAAAAACCAAUAAGUAAAAUGAAAAACAAGAUUAGAAUUAGGCUUAACAUUUAAACAAGCAAAGCUACGUGACAGAUUUUAGAGUGUUUAAUUUUUCAUACACUGUUGAAGGAAUAAACAAGCGAGCAUAGGCGAAACGAAAUGGCUGGUGCUGAUUGCAUUAAAUUUUUUCGUUUUGUAUUAUUCUUUAGAACGUAAUAUCCUCAACGAUGCGUGAUAGUUUUAUGCUAACUAUUCUACCAUGCUGGCAUAUGAGAUUAUUGAAGUAGAGUUUGUUCGUUAUGUUGAUUGGUAUAUCUGAUGAGUUGUUUACUACUGAAAAGUAAACCUAACCGAACUGAGUGGUUAAUGUGAAAUCUGCUAGCAUUUAUAUUACUAUUCAACAAGCAGCCUUUGUUUAGUUUCGUACAGUCAUUCAGAAUCUAGUUGAGGUGUUUGCGAAGCGAGGAGAAUCGGUUGCUAAGUAUAUAUAAUAGCUCAGCAUUUCAAUUUAUACAGUGACGUGAAACAGAAAAUAAUCAUUCGUUCGAUCGCCUUAGUUAUUAACUUUACGAUGUUCUGUGUAACUGUUAUAAUGAUAAACUAUUCACGAUCGCAGAAGAAAAUAUAUUAUUUUCUUUUUUUUCAUUUUGUUGAAUUCUUUUAAGGUUUGCAAAUACAGGCAAAGCAGAAUGCGGACCGUAGAGUGAAUAAAUUGGUCAAUCAAAGAUGAGUUUAGAAAAUAAAAACAACUUUUCUUCGAGAUUGUAUUCUCCAUUUCAAUUUAUAUAAAAUAUGAAAGUUAAUUAGAAAGUUAUAAAUCGUAAUUUGUUUCACUUUCAAGAAAAACCUUGUGUACAGCUACUAUUUCCCAGCAUUUGACAAAAAAUGAACUAACUCAAGCCUAACAAGACCUUAAAAAUAAACAGAAACUAUCACUGCGCUAUUUUCAGAAUUAUUGUAGUGUAAACUAAAAAAGAACAACAACAAGAACAUUAUUUAGAACACGCAAAGUAGAACAUCAACAAUCGAAAAUAGCUUAGCUACUUUUUUCGCAGGAAAAUAAAAUGAAACAUUUGAAAA